GGGAUUAUUUUUGUGUUACACUCCUGUAGAUGUCCAGUAGGUAAGGUAGCACAACAGCCUCUGUUGAUUUUACUGCGACUAGUAGAGUAUGUAAAUCUUUUCAGUUUUAUAGAAGGUCCAAAAAACUAUUAAGAACAAAACCAUGACACAAAACCACGUGUCAGGGAUGGAGACAUCCGCCGUGUCCGUGUUGAAGCGGGCGGUGGAGUUGGACCAGAGCGGCCGUUUUCAGGAGUCUCUGGUUUGUUACCAGGAGGGGAUCCAGCUGCUAAUGGACGUGUUGAAAGCAGUGAAAGAUGACUCAAAGAGAGGACACUACAGGGAGAAGAUAAAGGGCUACAUGGACAGAGCAGAGCAAAUCAAAGCUCAUGUCAACCAGGAGAAAGAAGAUGGAAAGUACCAUGAGCAGAUCAAAAUUGCAGAGGAUGCUACUGGUUACAGCUACGAGGUUCUAUUUAAGCCAUAUAUCAGCAGCACACUGACAGAGGUCUGGGUGGAGGAUCCAUACAUACGACACACCCACCAGUUGUACAACUUCCUGCGGUUCUGUGAAAUGCUACUAAAAGCUUCCUGCAAAGUGAAAAGGAUCCACCUCCUCACAUCACAAGAUGAAGUGGAUAGCGGCCAACAGAGCAGUGCUUUGGCUGAAAUGAAAGAGAGUCUCAGUGCCCAGGGAGUCAUCCUGGAUCUGCAGUACUCCUCUACGAUACAUGACAGGGAAAUCCGAUUCGACAAUGGUUGGAUCAUUAAAAUAGGAAGAGGCUUGGAUUACUUCAAGAGACCAAAGGGCCGAUUCUCCAUUGGAUAUUGUGACUACGACCUCCGGCAGUGUCACGAGACCAACGUAGACAUUUUUCACACCAAACACACAAAAACACUAUGAGAUUCAGUCAUGUGACUUCAGUUACUCACUUUGCUUUGCCUUAAAUACAAAAUAACAUAGACUACAUGUACCGUUUUUCCUUAUACUUGACUGCAAAUCAAGAAAUGAUUUUUAAUAAUAAUUUAACAAUAAAAAAAAAGUUCUGUCAUAUUGCAACAUCUUUUAUUUCAACCAUCAUGAAAUACUUUAUAGUUCUGGAUUGAAUUAAUUAGGUUUUAUAUCUUUGUGUUACUGUUCAAGGGUCUUUUCUAUGACAGGGUUUAUAUUCUUUCAUAAGUUGGAUUUUAGCGUGUAAUGUCGCCAUCUGGUGGACACUUUUGAAAUAAACGUUCUGGUUGCUUUCUAUUGGUGUAUUUUUGCAAUAACCUUUUUGUUCUGAGCUUUAUAUGCUAAAAAAUUAUAAAUUACACAAUCUAAAAUAAACAUAUUAACUUUUAUUAA